AUACUGUGGUAACAUCUUCGGAAGUUAUUAUUUGUUGUAGUUAGUAAGAUCAAACAAAUGAAUACACAGGUGUGCCUUUACUCUGUCCUGUGGCCAUUCAUCAGUUUCAUGUGCCGUUGGCUCAGUUUGCUUUGUUUUCUUUUUUUCUUAAUUCUCUCCCUGUGACUGCAUUGUUAGAAUUCUUCAUCCUCCCCCUGAAGGCAUCCAACAAGGUAGAGGACAUUCCUGUUGCAAACUACUGCAAUUCUCACUGCCUCACCCUGACAGAAAAGGAAAGGUUCAUUUUACCUACAACUAAUGUAUGAAAGGCCAGGGAAAGGGCCAUGCUAUAUAACGUCCCGGAGGACUUUGCCCGCUUAUUUUCUGAAUGGAACAGGCACCAGAAGGGGGGCCUGAAGCUGAAAGAAACAUAGUGUGGAACUCCAGCUUUUUGUUUCAUAUAAAAGCCAAAUUAGAGACUGGCAGAAUCAGAUGAAGGUGGAACUGCUCAGCAUCUGGUUUACCCUGCUGGUUCUCAGUGUCAAAGAAUGUUCUGUAACAGCAUUAUCUGUCAUAGUGCCUCAUCCAUUUAUCCGUAUCCAGCUUGGAGAUACUGCAAUCAUAGGUUGUGUAUUCAACAAGAGAAAAUGGACUGAUUCAGACCAACUCCGAAUAGUUUGGUACUUCUACCAAGGAGAUGUAAAAAAGCUGGUCCACAGAUACACGUUUGGUGAAGAUCGAGUUGAGGCACAGCAUCCAAGCUUCCAAGGCAGGGCGCACUUAUUCAAAAAAGACAUUGAAAAUGGCAAUGCUUCACUCCAUCUCUCUAGUGUAAAAUUAUCUGAUGCUGGACGAUACCAGUGUCUGGUUGCAUACAAUGGAAGCGUUUCUCACGAUGACUGCAACAUAGACAUUUAUGCUCCAUAUAAAAAUGGCAGGCUGUUCCUUACACGGAAGGGUGACAUCUUCUCAGCUCUCUGUAAGUUCUCUGAUGGGUAUCCUGGCACAAUCAUUAUGUGGCACUACAGUGAUGGGGAAACAACAGAUCAGCAGGGGAAGACACAACUGUCAAACACUGUCCGAGGGACAUAUGACCUCUGGAGUACCAUGCUUAGUCCCGUUGCAGUCAAUGGAGUACUUUGCUGCUCACUAAAGGACACUCAGAACUCAAACAACACAAUUUGUAAAAACAUAGCAGAGACCCUCAAACUCAACAACGUUUGGCUUGGAACAGUGACCGUCUGUGUCUUCAUUAUCAUUGUGGCUGCUGUUGUGUCCUGUCAUGGCAACUGCUCGUGUAACUGCUUGCAGGGAGAAGUUAAGAAGAAAGCUCGUUUGAGAACUCAAAAACAAGCAUACAAAGUGAAUAAACUUCCUGAUGCCGACCGUUAUCCCAAUGGAGUUAGACCAAAGUUUACUUUUUGUCCUCCAAGGAUUCUGCACUUUAGCAAGCAUGCGGAUCAUCUACGUGGUGCGCAAGCAGGUACUGAAAUCCAGCCUCUGCAGCCUCAGGUGAAAGGGAAUGGAGCCUCUAUCAGCACGCGCAUUGUCCUUAUGGGCCUCUCAGGGCACAGGAAGGAAUUCUUACUCAUGUUCUGUCAUUAUCGUCAUGGACAGCAGUGUGUGGUGUGUUCGACAGCAGCCACUAAUGACAAAAGCAAUGGAACACUGCCACUUGGUGAAGGUUUAUGUAUAUCACAUGAAAAAGAUUUUGAAUACAGCCAGAUGUAUCACCACAAGCUCUGGAAAAAGUACCUAAAGGACCUGAAAGCCACAGACAAUGGACAAAAACAGAAAGAACGCAUCAUCUUUGUAUUCAUUUACAGAUGCACAGAAGCUUUGAAUACAAAGAGGAAACAAGAAAUUAAAGACCUUUACAACUUCCUGAAAACUCAUACAGGCUCUUUCCCUAUUACAGUACUGACGAACAGUUCAGCCCUGAAAACUCCAGAUGUAAUUGGCUUUUUCCGUUGUCUGGGCUGCCGUGAGGUGCUGACAUUUCGAACAUUAAAGCCAGAGAAUAUGCAGGACAGCAAAGAGAGAGAUGACAAGAUCAACAUCUUUAUCCAUACUUGUCUGUGCAGAUCCAACACGACUAUGAAAAAAAAGCAGUCGCACAGCAUUCAGGUGGCCUUAGAAUCUACUCUGUAAAUAAUUACUUUUACACAACCUCUCAUCGCCUAUCAGGAUCCAAUGAAGAGACAAAGGGAGAGAAAGCCAUGCUUAGCAACUGUGAAAUAAACAAGUAUUCUGUUCUGUACAAGCUUAGCAAAGAUUUCACUAGAAAUGUUUAACCAGUGCCUAAUGAAAGAAUAAAAACUGUGAAAGUUCA